GGAUGAAUGUUGCUACACAGGUUCGCAUUAGUACUCUUAGCAGCACUCUUAGAUAGUUCGGUGCAUCUGACGCUACUUUUCUGAGCAUGCGCGGUUUUUGCUUGGCGGCGAGAAAUAAUUUUCCGAGUGGGUGCUCGGCAUUGUCCGUGGGUGCUCGGGCCCGGAAGCACACACGAGAUCGGCUCCUUGUGGUUCGGUGUCAUAAUUCAUCAGUCAGCUGUUUGAGUCUCACUCUAAUUCCAAGUUCAAAUGUUUACCAACAUCAAAAUUGGUGUUUUAUCUUUAGGCAGACUGCCUCCUAUUCAUUUCAGGACAAGUGUGGCAAAUGUUCUCUGCAGACAUCAUCGGAACCUCGCCUCUCAGUCCAGGGUCAAGGUGCUGUAUGAUGGACUUUGUCCCAUAUGUGUGAAGGAGAUUCAGGUCCUUCAGUUUCUGCAAAAAAACAAGCCCGACAAGGUGGACUUUGUCGAUAUCUCACUUCCAGGCUACGAUGGAUCCAAAUACAACGGGGUCAGCUUUGAGGCAGCCAUGGAAGAAAUGCAUGUGAUCGAUGAGAACAAUGAGGUGCAUCGGGGCGUCCCCGCGUUUGCAGUCAUGUAUGCCGCAGUGGGCCUGGACUUUUUGGGUCGCUUUAUGAUGUGGUCACCGGUGAGACCGUUGAUGGACAAGGCCUAUGCUGUCUUUGCCAGGAAUCGCUUAAAGUGGACCGGACGCGGGGAAGAGUGCGCCACAGGACGUUGUGAAAAGAAAACGCCUUGACCCUUGGUGAAUAGAUAAAAUUCAGAAUCUAUAAACUACAUUUUUUGUUUUAGGAUUAUCAGGGACUCAAAUGGACAAAAACACAGUCCGUUGCUUAACCCUCUGGGGACAUUCCAUUAUUAUUAGACAGGACAUAAAAGUGUAAAAGUCUUUGAGGGGUGUAAAACAAUUUUGGAUUCCUUUUUUGUUUUGUUUACUUUUUUCUGAUCCAAUUAGUCAAACUUCAGUCCUAAACAAAAAUAUGGAACAUAUAGUGGUGUUGAUUUUUUGACCCUUUUGAAGGCUCAGUUAAAUGUCACAUGUUUAUUUGUAAAUUAAUUAAUAAAUGAAUCAGUUUGUUUAAUAUUUAAUUAAUUAGUAAAAUCAAAUUUUAUUAAUUAGUAAAAUCGCUAUAGUUAUGAAAAUAUUUAAUAAUUGACAGUGACAUUGUUUCAUCUAAAGGGUAAAAUAAAAUAAAAAAUACAUGUUUGAUAAUUUUGUUCAGGGUUGAAGUUGAUUUCGUGAUUAGAGCAAAAAAAUGUAAAUCCAAACAUUUGUAUGCCCCUUGAAAAAUGGAACAACUUUUAUUUCCCGUUUGGCUUUUGGGGUAUUGUGGAAUAACUGCCAGUGUACUGUACACUUUUGAAAGAAUUGGACAUUGACAUUUUAAAAUUCAACAUGAAAACCCCCUCUAAGGAACAAUCAUGUAUAAUGGAGGAAUACCACAAAAUUGAUGUCCAAAAAUGUACUCAAAGGACUAAAAAGUCAGCCUUUGUCUGCUUAGGGUUAAGGGAGGUUUGCAGGGCCUGUCUAUGCUAAGUUCUUAAAAAGGGGGGAAGAAAGACCUAACUGUAGCUCUACAAUAACGGUAAUAUGGCUAUAUGAAGAAGAAAAUGAAUUCAUGGGCAUUCAUGAGUCAGACAUAAUUCAUUUGUAAUUUGACUACUAACCAUAGUUUAUUAUCACUGUAUGUAAGAUGUUACUUGAUCAGUUGACACUAUUAAUAAAGUCAAUAUUCAAAAGCA